AUGCAUCAGGUUAACAAGCUCCUCUCAAAAUCUCCAAGUUGGACCUUUCAUAGAAAAGAGAAAAUGGGAGUUUGGUCUUUUUCUGAGCUCAGCAAAGUUGGUAACCCAACGCUGUUCCAGAUGAUCCUACUUGCAGCUCUCUUGGUUACUGCACUCGGUGAUUGUGAUCCUCCACCUGAUUUAUUGUUCGCUACUCCAGUAAGCAUAGUGAAUGAGACAAAAUACAGUGUUGGAACUAUUCUGAAGUACAACUGUCGCCCUGGCUACAGUAGAUCCAGCUCAAGUACGACUCUUAUAUGUAAACGUGGGAAUCAUUGGAGCUAUGAUACCUUCUGCACCAAAAAACGUUGCAGAAACCCAGGAGAUAUAUCUAAUGGACAAGUGCAUGUUAAAACAGAUUUCUUUUUUGGGUCACAAAUAGAAUUCAGCUGUUUAGAAGGGUAUAUCUUAAUUGGUCCUACUACUAGUUACUGUGACAUCCAAGACAAAGGAGUUGACUGGAGCAAUCCUCUCCCAAUAUGUGUAACUGCACGAUGUGAGCCUCCUCCGGCCAUCAACAAUGGAAAGCACAAUGGUGGAGAAGAUUCCUAUACCUAUGGCUCUUCAGUCACCUACAGCUGUGACCCCAACUUCUCACUCAUAGGCAAAGCCUCCAUUUCCUGCAUGGUGGAAAAUAAAACAAUAGGUGUCUGGAGCCCAAGCCCUCCUACCUGUAAAAAGGUCACUUGCUCUCAGCCACAGGUUCCAAAUGGAAAAAUCAGCUCUGGAUUUGGCCCCAUCUAUCGUUACAAAGAUUCGAUCUUGUUUGACUGCCAGGAUGGCUAUAUCCUCAGAGGAAAUAGCCUAAUACAUUGUGAAGAUGACAACACCUGGAAGCCUUCUCCUCCUACCUGUGAGCUCAACAGUUGUGUUGGUUUGCCAGACAUUCCACAUGCUUAUUGGGAUAACUACAGGCUAAGAAAAGGACAUUAUGCUGUUGGGACUGUGCUCACCUACCGCUGCAAUUCUGGUUAUAAACCCAUUGCAAGGCCUAUGACUAUGACAUGUCAGGAAGAUUUGACAUGGACUUCAUUCAAAGGCUGUGAGAAGAUCUGUUGUCCAGUACCACAACUGAAGAAUGGAAAAAUCACUCAAGAGAAAAAAAGUGUUAUCUCUGAUCCAUGUGACUUUUUCUUUGGAGAUUCUGUUACAUACUCAUGUCAUGGGAGGUUUGAUAAUACAUUUGUAUCUGUUUGUCAAGGGGAUGGCAGAUGGAAUCCCAAAACACCUACCUGUGAUGACAGUUGUGAUUUCCCUCCUAUCAUUGCCCAUGGACAUUAUAAGAAAACUGGUGGUUAUUUCACAUAUGAGUUCACAUAUGAAUGUGAUACAGGAUACACUCUAGUUGGACAGCCUAAAAUCACCUGUUAUUCUUCAACCUGGUCACCUCCAGCUCCUGAGUGUAAAGCUCUGUGUCGGAAACCAGAGAUUGAAAAUGGAUAUUUGUCUGUGAAUAAGUAUCAGUAUACUGAGGGUGAAAAUAUUACCAUCCAGUGCAAUCCUGGCUAUAGUGUGGUUGGCUCUCAAUAUAUCAGUUGUUCAGAGAACAAAACCUGGUCCCCAGAGGUGUCCAAGUGUGAGUGGAAUGUCCCUGAAGGCUGUGAUGCUGUGCUUGCAGGCAGAAAAAUUCUACAGUGUCUCCCCGACCCACAGGAUGUGAAAUUGGCCCUGGAAGUAUAUAAACUGUUUUUGGAGAUUGAAAAACUGGAACGAGAGAGAGAGGAAACAGAGAAAACUUAUGCUCAGGCACCAUUACUCUGUGCCAUGUCCCCAAUGAUGCACAGUGGUUUCCCAGCGCUCUGCCUCUUUGGGAUCUUAGCCCUACUGCAGUGUCCAUCAGCCCAGGGAGAUUGCAAAACGCCUCCAAGGAUUGCUCAUGGAUCCUAUAAAGAUGUGAGCUCAUUUCUCUCCUUUACCACUACGGUGCAGUAUAAAUGUGACACGGGCUACGUUCUGGUUGGAAGGAGUAAAAUCUCCUGCACACGUUCCGUCUGGUCAUCCUCAGCUCCUCAGUGUAAAGCUCUAUGUUUGAAACCAGAGAUAGAAAAUGGCAAUCUCUCUGUGGAUAAGAAUCAGUAUGUUCAGAGUGAUAAAGUCAUUAUCCAGUGUGAUCCUGGCUAUAAAAUAGUUGGCAUUCAAAAUAUCACCUGCACAGAGAAUAGAACCUGGUACCCAGAAGUGCCCAUGUGUGAGUGGGAAGUCCCUGAAGGAUGUGAGCAGGUGGUAGCAGGCAGAAACCUCAUGCAGUAUCUUCCAAGCCCUGAGGAUGUGAAAACAGCCUUGGAGAUGUAUAAGCUGUCACUGGAGAUUGAACAACUGGAAAAAGAGCGGGGCUUGAAAAGGAGCAUCGAUUAG